GCCCACAGCACAACAGAACCCACCCUAAACAACAACACUUCUGCUCCGGUUGAGAAACACUUGAAGACACGGUCUCCUCCGACACUUUCUCUGGACACUAGAAGAUCUUUACACGCGGGAAGAUGCAUUCAGGCAGCCUUGAGAAAGUGGGUUCGCUGAGGAGACGGACGCUGUCUCGAGGAAUGAGCGAAGAGGAGUCUCUAAGACACAUUAUCAGAGACGCAGAAGAAUCGAGCAGACACCUGUCACGCAGCGAUAGCAGAUAUGGAUCAUUAAAAAGAGGACAAAGACAAGAAAGCCAUAGUGAAGAUGAUCUACUUACUGAAAACGUAGAAAUGACGGAGCUGAGAGCGAGCUACGAGGACUGUCUGCAGGAGGUGCGGACCCUGGAGCUGCAGCAGGAGGCUCUUCUGUUCCAGGUGGACUGUCUUCAGGACGUCCUCGAGGGCACGGAGGAGAUGCUCGCUGAGGCCCAGAGAGACAAUCACAAUCUCACCAUGGAGCUGGAGCGAGAACGAGAGAUGAGGAGGAAGUCGGAGGACAUGCUUGCCUCAUUAAAGCAGGAGCUGGAGAGGUUAAGAGAGGAAAGAAGCAGCGAGCCGCUUCAGUCGAGGCCGGCGGGGCCCGUCUGCCUCCUGGAGGGGACAUCAGUGGACCGAGACGAACAUCCGCUCGCACACAGCGAAGGCACCUCCGUGGAUCCGAGCACGAGCCAGCUGUUACAGCUGAAGACAGCGGUCAGCCAGACCCUGAGUGCGUCAGUGUUGCACAGUCAGAAGCCUGGUGCUCAGGGUGGAGAUGAUUACGACGAAAGCAGCGGCUAUGAAGACGCUCCGUCCGAGUUCUCGCCCAGUCCGUCCACUCCAGACACGCAGCCGGACGGAGCUCUGCUGGACAGCGAGGCUGAAGAGGGAGGAGUUGGGAUGAAUGACUCCGAGUCUGGCCUCUCUAAAAGUUCAGAUUCUUGUGCUCUCUCUUAAAUUAUUCUAGUUCUGUAAAACGAUUAAUCACAUCCGAAAUAAAAGGUUUUGUUUACAUAAUAUAUGUGUGUGUAUUGUGUAGAUUUAUUAUUUACUACACACACAUGUAGUAUUACAUGUAUACAUUUAUAUUCAUAUCAUUUAUAUUACAUAAAUAUAUUUAACAUAUAAACAUAACAUAUUUUUCUGAAAUAUAUACACACACACUUAUUAUGUAAAGAAAAACUUAUUUUAUUUCUCGAUUAAUCGCUUGACAGCACAAAAUUAUUCAUGAAGUGCUGAUGAACCUUGAUUCAUUCACUUUAUCCAAGUUACCUUUACUUAAACAGCCUUUGCACAAAUGUUAAAAUGAAGACUACUUCGUUAUGCUCCUCAGUCAACAAACUCAUUUAGAAAAGAAGCAAUCUGCACUUUGUUUCUGCUGGUCAUUUUUUUAUAGCUGUGUUUGUGUUUGACUUUGUAAUGUUUCUGUUCCCCCUGCUAUUAAACAUGAGCUGUCCAGCAGUUCAGGACACAAGGUGAUACUUUGUAUCAGUAUGUCAGCCAUAUCCAUAAAAAAUGGAAUGUCAUUUUUGAUAUUGUAUUGAAAAUCAAGUUACAGUAACAUCUGUUGAUCAUAUGGACUCUUGUUUUUUGUUUUACUUGUACUAGUUGAUUUAAUACUUUAAAGAGUUAUGUACAAGAAAGGGAUGUUUUUGUUGAUGCUGUAUUUUUUAUAUUGGUGUGUUUUUAUUUACAUUACGUAAUACGGCUGGAUUUAUAAAUCUUAUGCUUUAGAUUCUUAAUUUUGUAGAAGUGGUCACCUCAAAGCUUUUAUGAGACAAAUUCUAAACCAGAAAAAAAAACCCUUAUAUGGCAAAUUUUUUAAAUUUUUUUUAUUUUUUUAAAAAAAUAUGUGAAUGUUAUGUUUUGUUGUUAAGAUCACAAUGAUGAAUCCUAAAGUAUUUUGUUUUUUGUUUUUUUUCCCCACAAGAUUUUGCUUCUCAGGAAAUUUCUAAAACUUACUGAUUCCUUACUAAUAAUGUAACUAUUUAUCCUAAAGUGCUUGUUUUGACUUCCAGACAAUCCGUCACAAGAUGUCUUUACUACUAAGCUCAGUAGUUUUUAUAUUUGAGCUCAUUAGCCUAUGAAAUGCAUAGUUCGUUGAAAUGCUGGAGCUGGUAAAAGAAGACAGUGGGGUUCAUUAAAAAAAUAAAAUAAAUCUGAUUUGUGAAAUGGGA